CUUCUUUUUUUUUUAUUUUCCCGAAUUGUCAGAGAGAGAGAGAGAGGACAGAGGUACCGCGUGUGUGCGUGCAGCCCGGUGCAAGAGGACACGAAAAGGAAGAAUGUGAUCCUGUCGGCCAGUGAGAAAAAUUCCUGCGUACCGUCCCCUGUUCAACCGGUAGUUUCACACACGCACACGGUGCAGCCGGGGAAUUAAGAUGUGCAAGCCAGCCAGGAAGAAAAGAUCUUAACGUGGAACCGGACGAGACCCGACGCAUCUACUGCCUGACGAAAAUAGUGCAAAGAAGAUGACGAAGAGAUUCGAGUUCAAUUGGCAGAUCGAGGUACCGCUACCGCUGCGUCAGGGAUGCAUGUUCGAUCGUUGGUCAGAGGAAAAGGACAACACCGAGCACGAGUUAAAUUGCAUGUUCAAGGUCGAUGAAUAUGGUUUCUUUAUCUAUUGGCAGAGCGAGGGAAGGGACGGGGACGUGAUAGAGCUGUGUCAAGUGAGCGAUAUACGUGCCGGUGGGCUACCAAAGGACCCGAAGCUGCACGACAAGCUCCUGACGAAGCACGGGGAGCAAUUAGAGGAGAAAAGUUUAACCGUCUGUUCGGGCGUAGAUUAUACCAACAUUAAUUACCAGCACGUCGUCUGUCCGGAUCCAGCUACAGCUAAGAUAUGGCUGGACGGCAUACGAUCGAUUACGCACAAUGUGAAAGCCAACAACGUUUGCCCGCUUACGUGCUUGAAGAAACAUUGGAUGCGGCUCAGAAUGCUGGUCGAUCCAAAUGGAAAAGUUCCGGUGAAAGUGGUUGCAAGAACUUUCGCAUCCGGGAAAACGGAAAAGCUUGUCUAUCAGUGCCUCGCCGAUUUAGGCCUACCUAGCGGAAAGAACGAUGUCAUCGAACCGGACGACUUCACUUUCGACGCGUUCUACGCGCUCUACCAUAAAAUCUGCCCGAGGAACGACAUAGAGGAAUUGUUUCAAUCGAUCACCCAGGGCAAAGCGGACACGAUCAAUUUGGAGCAACUGGUCACGUUUCUGAACGAGAAGCAACGUGAUCCAACGUUGAACGAGAUCCUGUAUCCGCUGUACGACGACAAGAGGGCACUGGAGAUUAUAAGCGACUACGAGCAGAACGAGACGGCGAGAAAUCAAAAAACGAUGACGAAGGAUGGUUUUAUAAGGUACCUGAUGUCCGACGAGAACGCGCCAGUUUUCUUGGACAGGCUGGAUGUCUACAUGGACAUGGACCAACCGUUGGCUCAUUACUAUAUCAAUUCGAGCCAUAACACGUAUUUAAGCGGUCGCCAGUUCGGUGGAAAGAGCAGCGUUGAGAUGUAUCGACAGGUGUUGCUAGCCGGUUGUAGGUGCGUCGAAUUGGACUGCUGGGAUGGUAAAGGAGAGGACGAGGAACCGAUAAUUACUCAUGGCAAGGCCAUGUGCACCGACAUCCUCUUCAGAGAUGUGAUAUACGCGGUAAGGGACACCGCGUUCGUCACGUCUGAAUAUCCCGUGAUUCUCAGCUUCGAGAAUCACUGCAGCAAGAAGCAGCAAUACAAAUUGGCCAAGUAUUGCGACGAAAUCUUGGGUGAUCUGCUGCUGAAAGAACCCCUCAAAGAAUAUCCCCUGGAGCCAGGGGUGUCGUUGCCACCGCCCAGCAUGCUCAAGCGCAAAAUCCUGAUAAAAAAUAAACGCCUGAAGCCCGAAGUGGAGAAACACGAGUUGGAGUUGUUCAGGCAAGGUCAAUUUGUCAUCGAGGACGAGGUUAAGGAGGAUGCUAGCGCGCCGCCAGUUGUCGCCGUGGUUGUUGAACAGCAAUCGGUAAAGGAAGAAGUCUCGACAGCUGAAUCGGUUACGUCGUCGACGACCGGUAUUCAACAUCAAUCUAGCUCCAGUGCAGGUCUGGGUGAAAAUUUGGAACUAGCAGCAGCACAGCCGUAUACCGGUAGCACGACAAACGUCCAUCCAUGGUUGUCCUCUAUGGUGAACUAUGCUCAACCGAUCAAGUUCCCGGGCUUCGAUAUUGCCGAACAAAAGAAUAUUCAUCACAAUAUGUCUUCCUUCGCGGAAACCGCUGGCCUGAAUUACCUGAAGACGCAGGCGAUCGAGUUCGUCAAUUAUAACAAGCGACAAAUGAGCCGAAUCUAUCCGAAAGGCACUCGGGCGGAUUCAUCGAAUUACAUGCCGCAGGUCUUCUGGAACGCUGGCUGCCAAAUGGUAUCGUUAAAUUUCCAAACCGCGGACUUGCCUAUGCAACUGAACCAAGGGAAAUUCGAAUACAACGGUUCCUCUGGCUACCUACUGAAGCCGGACUUCAUGAGGAGAGCCGACAGGAGUUUCGAUCCUUUUGCGGAGAGUCCUGUGGAUGGUGUGAUCGCCACUCAGUGCAGAGUCCAGGUAAUAGCAGGUCAAUUUUUGUCCGACAAGAAGGUCGGAACGUACGUGGAGGUAGAAAUGUACGGUCUACCGACAGACACGAUCCGCAAAGAGUUUCGAACGAGAGUAGUUCCAGCGAACGGCCUGAAUCCCGUUUACAAUGAAGAACCGUUCCUAUUUCGAAAAGUGGUCCUUCCUGACCUGGCAGCCUUGCGAUUUGCGGUCUACGACGAAUCGAAUGGCAAACUGUUGGGUCAAAGGAUCGUCCCCUUAGAUGGUCUACAGUCGGGAUAUAGGCAUAUAUCUCUGAGAACAGAGGCAAACUUCCCCAUGUCCUUGCCUAUGCUAUUUUGCAACAUAGAGAUCAAGAUCUACGUGCCAGAUGGUUACGAAGGACUCAUGGACGCGCUGACGGCGCCACGGGCCUACAGAAAACCGGAGAACGCAUCGCAGAACAAAAUUCGCGGCCUUGGAAUUGAGGAGAGCGAUAGUAAAGGACACUCGGAUUCUAUGCCAUCUCAUCAUCGCGAAGCGCCUAAACCGAGAGAGGAGAUGAAAUUCGACCCCAUAACCGUAGAAUCGUUGCAAGUAGAAAGGGGAUACCAGAAGGUGGUGAGGAAACAGCAGAAGGAAUUGGAAUCUCUGAAGAAGAGGCAUCAGAAGGAGAAACUUACCGUCCAGAAACAACACUGCGCUGCAAUAGAGAAAAUUAUCAAAGGAAAAAACAAAGCGGAACUCUCGAGAGAUCCUAUUGUUCGUCGAGAGGUUUCCGAGCAAACUGUUCAGUGGUCUCGAUUGGCCGACAAGCAGAGACGAGAAGAACGUGAUCUGGUACUCUGUCACCUGGAGGAACGAAGGAACACCUUACGGAAAUUGUGCGGGACUGCUCAAGUGGCCCAGCACAAGCAGCUAGCGGCGAGACACGAGCGUGAGAUCAAAGAGAUGAACGCCAGACAGGCGAGACAAUCGGUGGAAAGCACGAGGGAAGUGAUGAACGAUAAAACGCUGAAGACUCGAGGGAUCAAGGAGGGCAGGCUGAGAGAGAAGCAACAGAACAACACGAAGAAGUUCAUGGAGGAGAGGAAAAUCGCGCAAAUGAUACAGAACAGGGAGAAGGAGAAGCUGAAGUUGAUACACGAGAAGCAGCUGGAGGAAUUGGAGAAAGACAUGAACGCGAUCAAGGACAUGUACAACAACGAGGAGAUGGAGUACGAACUUGGCCCUAAGACCGAAUGCUACGUGUGAUGUCAACGAAGAUCGCGUUCUCGUCGAGGAAUAGGUGUUGCCUUCAGAGAAUUCGCUCCUACCGUUAUUUACAACUGGAAUUGGGAUCAAGCCUCGUUAGCUAUCGUUCUCAGCGCGUUGAGAUGCGACGAGCAACAGACAAAACCGCGUUUAAUCGUUACUCUAGUUCAUUCUCCUGGAUAUUUUUUUAUAAAUGAAAGAAGAAGAAGCAUCUUGUAAACUCCAUUACUCUCCGUCGUCGCACGAGCAAGUACCUAGACUAAA